CAACGUUUCCAUCUCUACUCAUACACUGCGCUGUAGCAACGCAUCCAGGAGGAUAUUCCAGACCAAUUCGAAGGCCUUGUGCACGAUACACGCAUGACAAAGUUACUAGGACGAUCACAACCCGUGUCAAAUGAGAAUUCUAAGCGAAUUGAGAUCCAGGCGGUCGAGUCUUUUAGCAACUUUAGCAAAGCGACGAUGUGUCUGUGGCCAACAAGUGCGGCAACCAACACGCAGCGGAAUGCUAUCUUCGGCGCUGCUCGCUACUACAGGGACAACGCAAUCAUGCCUAAUUGAGCAAUUGAGGCAUAAAAAGCGCCUGGCAGAGGCUGAUCAGCCAGUGGACCGACGACGAAAUUGGCACGCAGGCACGAUCAGCACGUCGCAACGCAGGAAAUACCCCGCAAACAGACAAGCAAGACGACGACAGCGAUACAAGAAUCCCACAGCCACGUCGUACGGUACACUUCUUCUGCUUUUGCUUGUCUUGAGUCAUACUGUACUGACUCCUACAGAGCAAACGCAAGCGGCCAACAACGGCGGCAAUUCAGCUGCUUCAGGCUGCAGCGAAUGACGUGUACUACCCUGCCGCCAUAGCCGGCGAGAUGAGACAAGCACGGAAGCGUAAGAAGCGUGCAAGACACAUUGCACAACAGUUGUGGGGAGCUCAUAGUGAGCCUUCCUUGCUC